AUGGCCGGCAGCGUCCGUGGGGCACCAAGCCCUCCCGCGGCCGCUUGCGGCGACAACGGUUACGGCGGGCAGGUCCGCCGCCUUCGGGAGAAUCUCUGGGACAGUGAAACAAAGAGGUUGGAGUUGGAAAGAAAAAUGCUUGAAUACACCAUAUGUGAUACCCGCACAACUAAAAUGAAAUACAGGAAGCUAAAAAAAUACCUAGAAGAAAUAUGUGAACGUCAGAAAAAGUCUUUGCUCCGAAACCAAGACUUGUUGAAGGAAUUUGAUUGCAUUGAAGCUCAAAUUCAGAAGUUUGCUUCAAGAUCAGAGUGCCUUCAGAGGCUGAAGACAGAGUAUGAAGGAAGAUUUAAGGGAGAGCAGAUUCCUGACAGAAAAAAUAUUUCAAAAAGCAGUAAGAGUGAUGUUAUGAAACACCAGAUGGUGCCAGAAGUAAGACAGACAGGAAUUAACAGCAGGACAGCCAUGUCAAGAGGACUGUAUCACACAGCAACAAUCUUUAUGGGACGCCAAAUGUCAGCUGUCUCAAGCGUUGAAGAUUUCAGUGUGCCGCCGAAAUCUUCUGAGCUCACAAAGAGCUUUUCAAUUUCUGACCCACAUUCACAUAGACAACCAUCACAGAGCAGUUAUGUGACAGACAGCUGUGUAGUACGAAGUAAUAGUGAUCUACAGCGCUCAAAUAAGUCUGACAAAAUAGAUGGAAAGACAUAUCUGCUGAUGGGCAAGGAAACGCCAGUCACAUCCAGUGUAUCAUAUGAGAAUGAAAGAACUUGCUGUUUAACAGUAGAAAGCAAGACAAAUAAUUGCAGUAGUAAUUUUGUGGAAAGCAAAAUGUCUCCUGAACUUAACUCCCUGUUACAUGGAAGAUUAAGCCCAGAGAACAGAACCACCGAUUUAAAAAGUGACAGUUCCUGCAAAUCGUUGGAAGAAAUACUGACACAUGAGUACUCUGUACGAAAUGAACAAGGAUCUAAACGGCCGAUCUUAUUGGUGUGUCGCCCUGAGCAGCUUGUUUCUGGAAAUGAGCACUCGAGAGCAAAAUUCCCAGUUCCUGAGGACAGUCUGAUGCUGGACAAAAAUGCACAGGAGAAAGAAGGUGAAAGUUCAGGUGGAAGUAGUGACCUUACUGUUUCUUUCAGUGAAGAGGAUGAAGAAGGGAAACCAUUAAAACUACAGGAAUUAGGCUGCAGCACACCAUAUAAUGAAGAAGAACUUCCAUGUUCACAAGCAUUAUGUCAUUAUAGCUCAAGUGGAGGCUCAUCUGCUAGUCUCACAAUAAGAAAAUCUUUGACCUUUGAAGGAUUUGCUCAUGUCUUGACAUUCAUAGAGCAGUUUGUGGCCACAGCAGAUCAGGAACACCGGAUGUUAUACCAGAGGAAAGCUGUGAAUACAGUAGAGCUGGAGACCCUUAUAAGGUUCAAAUAUUAUUUUCUUUUAACUGGGAGACAUACAGAACAUGAUGAAGAUGCUUUCAAGGUGCCCCCUCCUCUUAAAGGGAUCCAUGUGUUCUUGCCCUGUGCGUGUUCAGUUUCACAACUGUGUCCAAGUCUGUUUGGGUAUAGUCACAGAAGCACUGAUGUCAAUGUAUUUCCUAACCCAUUUAAAAUUACCUUUUAUAGGGAUGAAAACCAAAGGGGAAUGGUAUCAACAAUAAAAUCCAAAGCCUUCUGGGGUGAUUCUGACGACAGUAACUCUGAGAUUGAAGAAGCACUGCGUCCUCAAGUGCAUUCCUCACAAAAAGAUGAAUUUGAUGACUUCUAUGAUUGAGGACCAACAUUUCCCACACAUACAUGUGCUAAAAAGCUCAGAGGAAGUUUUUCCUAGGGGGCGAUUUAGAACCAAGGUGAACUUAAUGCUUUUCCUUCUUUGAAAUUCACAAAACCUGGGCAGGGGGCACACAAAUAAAUUUGAAACAGGAAAACUGAGGGGAGGGUACUGUUUUCCUUCCCUCUUUGUUGCUGAUUGCUCCACGAAAAGCAGGUGGGUGUUUUCUUCAAAAAAGUCUAACAAACUACAGUUAUAUGCACUUACCUAUAAUGUGCAGUUGGACCAAAUUUAAGGGGGAAACAGAUCUGUUAUUCACAAAAUUACUAAUUGUGUGAUGUUUAAGUGAUUAGCAGUCAUGGGAGGGUUUAUGUGACCCAGACCGAAACCAUGCCCUGCUGCAGUACUGGUCCAGAUUUCUAUUCAUUUCUGUCCUAAUGCCCCCCUGCAAUUUUGCCCUUUUCCAUUGGGAUGUAGGAAUAAACCAUAUUAUUUCAGAAAUCAAAGUUUCAGAUGUGUGUCUCAGCCACAGAAUGUUUUCUAUUGUAUUUACUUUGUCUUGCUCUAAUAAAAUGCACUCUUGACAAUGUA